CACCACUCCAAUUAACGAUGUUUACUUUUCGAAAGAUGUUAGUGCCAUUAGCGGUGUUUUGUGUCGUUUUCGCGACCGUAUAUGGUGACGGCAACGAAGGCAGGAUGAACGAGAAUCCUGCCGGUGCCGGCGAUAAGGACGAUAACGCCACGGUGGAAUAUUACGAAAAAUUAAUAAAUAGUGAAUUGGAAAAAGCGUUGAAAUAUGAGUUACCUACCAAUGCCAAGAUGCAUGAGCCGAAUGAUAACGUUAUCAGAGAUUUCGGCACGUUCGAUUUCAUCAUCAUAGGAGCCGGUUCUACGGGCUCGGUAAUAGCGAGCAGACUGUCAGAAAUUUCCAAAUGGAAAGUCCUGCUCCUGGAAGCCGGCAAGUAUCCCAACAAUUUCACUAUGAUUCCAGGAUUCUUCGCCAUUCAAGCGAUGACUGAAUAUAAUUGGGGAUUUGUCAGUACGCCACAGAAAACGGCGUGCUUAGGAGCCGUUGGCAAGAGAUGCGUCGUGCACAGAGGCAAAGGAAUAGGAGGGACAUCUUUACUUAAUCAACUCAUUUACAGUCGCGGCAAUUCAAUCGAUUACGACAGAUGGGCAGAUUUACUAGACGAUCCCAGCUGGCGUUACGAGAACGUAUUGUUAUAUUUCAAAAAAUCAGAAGACUUCCACAAGACGAAUCCAGAUGCUCCUCUGGAUUGGGACUAUCACGGAAAAGGCGGAGAUUGGUACACAAACUUCCACAUGCCACCAUCGAAUUUUACAAAAAUAUUCCUGCAAGCCAAUCGCGAACUGAGACGAAACGUUACCGAUUACAACGGGAAAGAACAACUGGGGGCUACUAUCCUACAACUCAACAUAAAACACGGCAGCAGGUACGAUCAAGCCAGUGCUUUCAUUAAACCAGUCACCUCGCGUCCAAAUUUGGUUAUUUCAGAAGGCAGCUACGUUAUUAAAAUCGAAAUAGACAACAAAACAAAAGAAACCACAGGUGUUCUUUUCACGAAAAACAAAAAACUUUACAGAGCGAAGAUUAACGAAGAAGUAAUUCUUUCCGCGGGAGCAAUUUCAUCGCCCCAAAUCUUGAUGCUGUCCGGAAUCGGUCCUCAACAACACUUAGAAUCGAAAAAUAUAUCUCUAAUCCAAAAUCUAGACGUAGGAUCGACCCUCAAAGACCACGUUUUCUGCGCAAUACAGUUCUCUUCCAAUACAUCGAUCCCAGAGCAGACUUUCAAACAAUUAAUAAAGGAAUACCUGAAAGGUUACGGCGAUCUAGCAGCAGGAAACCCUCUAGAUGCUGCAGGAUGGUACGAAACCAAGGUACAAGAUAUCCAAGAUUAUCCUGAUUUAGAAAUAAUACCAACAUCUUACGGCCCAUCUGAUUUCGGAAAGAAAUUUUUAAAAUGGAAACCAGAUACUUACAAAGAACUAUUCAGUAACAAAUUAAACAAUACUUUCGCAUUGACGAUGGUAUUGCUUCAAACAAAAUCAUCUGGUACUGUUAGAUUACAUAAUAAUAAUCCCUAUUCUUAUCCAGACAUCGACUGUAACUCUCUAAGCGAUGAAAAAGGUAAAGAUAUCGAUACCAUGUACGAAGGCAUCGAUUUGAUUAGAAAACUCACUCAAACUCAAGCGUUUAAAAAGAUCGGUACCAAGUUAGAAGUCAAACCAUUACAAGCGUGUUCGUCUAAAGAUUUUCAGUCUAAAAGUUUUUGGUAUUGCUAUCUAAGACAAAUUUCAAUACCAGCGUUUCACCCAGUCAGUACGUGUCCCUCUGGAAAGGAUCCCAAAAUGGGCGCGGUGGUAGAUUGGAAUAUGAGGGUGUUUGGAGUGAAAAAUUUGCGGGUGGUCGAUGCUAGCGUCAUACCUUUUACUUUUUCUGGACAUCCAAACGCGAUUUGUACCAUGAUAGCGGAAAAAAUUGCCGACGUUAUCAAAUUUGAACAAAGAGUGUUCGAAUAAGGACGAUUUCAAAGAUACCAAACAGUAUUAAUUCGAUCAUGA